UAGAAGAAGAAACCAACAAAGAAAGACGGAAGCGUAGGCAACAGGGCGCGAGAAUGAGCCCUAAUUCCUCUCUUAUCAACGCUUAACCAACCACCACGAUUCUUCAACUUAACAAAGGCCGCGGACUCUCAGAAAAGAUAUUCAAAACCCUAAUUUCUGUUGUUCCAAGUGUUUCUGGGAAUCUAGAAAAUGGGUGAAUCAUUUACCAUCCAAAUUAGCUCCAACCUGGUCAGUCAGCUAACCAACAACACUGGAGACAAAUCAAAGAAGAAAACAAGGAAACCGAAGCCAAAGACUCCAACCAAGGUCCCUAAGCAGCAAACAGUUGACAGUUUUGAACCAUACAAGGGUUCUUCUGCUGAUGCAGGAUGGCCGCCCCCGGCUCCUAUUCCUCCUCCUCCAGCUCUGUUCUUGCCAAUAACACCACAAGAAAUCCCUCCACAGGUUUCAAACCAAGAGUUGGAUGCUAUUCGAUCCACCCUAAAAGAGAGUGAGAAUGUUGUAGAGAGGUUGCAGAAACAGGAGGAAAAUAUGUUGCAGGAAGUGACAAAAAAAGCCAAAGACCUUCAUGACAAAGAGUUCAAGCUUCCCUAUCAGAAUCCCUUUCUCUGUUUAAUUGAGAAGGAAGCUUGUUUGGAGUGCUACAAGGAAAAUCCGAAGAAUCCUCUGAUCUGUGGCGAAGUAGUUACAAGAUUUAAAAACUGUGUCCGAAUUAGUGUGCAGCAGGUAAGCUCAGCACAAUAGUCAACGCAACAAGUAGGGUGUUAUUUUGGAUAAAUACGAACUUGACGGCUAAAAAUUUGAACAAAUAUUUGCUUCCUGUCUCACAUGGCGCUACUGGUACUGAGUAAAUACCUCUUGAAAAUUUUGUCGAGCAAAUAAGUCAGAAUAUACUGUAUUCAUCAUCUUCCUUUGAUUCAUGUGAUGUUUCGUUAUGUUCAGUUGUGAGUGGUUUUUGAAGUUUCAGGUCUCUGUAUCAAAUGUUAAUUGUCUUUCUACGUUCUGACACGAGGAAUUUAACUGGGUAAACUUUUAGAUUAUUGUUUUAUCCCUGA